UCCUCACUGCUCCUCCUCACUCCUCACUCCUCACUCCUCCUCACUGCUCCUCACUCCUCACUCCUCCUCACUCCUCCUCACUCCUCACUUCUCACUCCUCACUCCUCCUCACUCCUCCUCACUGCUCCUCACUCCUCACUCCGUGAGCCGGUCGUGAGCGCGAGCGGCUUCGUGGACGGACGCAUCGAUUUGUUGGUUGAUUGGUUAUUGAUCCGUUGGCUCCGCCCACAGCGCAUGGCGGCCCCCGGCUCCUCGGGGCUCCAGAGAGCUUCAGGCUCAUCGAAGUUCAGGCUGGAGGUCGAAGUGAAGAGAGGAAACCAGCUGGCCGUCAGAGACAGAGGAGGCAGCAGUGAUCCGUACGUGAAGCUGAAGCUGGCGGGGCGGGAGGUGUUCCGGAGCAGAACCGUCCACAAGAGCCUGAACCCGGUGUGGGAGGAGAGGACCUCGCUGGUCCUGGACUGCCUGAGCGAGCCCCUGUGUGUGAAGGUGUUCGAUUACGACUUCGGGCUCCAGGACGACUUCAUGGGCUCGGCCCGCCUCCCGCUGGAGGCCCUGGAGCAGAACAGGACUAUCCCCGUCACUCUGGCGCUGAAGGACCCCCACCACCCGGACGAGGACCUGGGCUCCGUGGACCUGGUCCUGGUUCUGACCCCUUCAGGUCCGGUGGAGGAGUGUCGGGACUCGGCGCAGUCCCAGCGUCAGUCCCAGCUCUGGCGGGGCCUCGUCAGCAUCUCUCUGAUCGAGGGUCGUGACCUCGUCCCCAUGGACCCCAACGGCCUGAGCGACCCCUACGUCAAGUUCAGGCUCGGGCCCCAGAAGUACCGGAGCAAGACGGUGCCGAAGACCCUGAGCCCCCAGUGGCGGCAGCAGUUUGACCUCCACAUGUACGACGAGAGCGGCGUGCUGGACGUCUGCGUCUGGGACCAGGACACGGGCCGCCGGGACGACUUCAUCGGACGCUGCCAGGUGGACCUGACCUCUCUGACCCGGGAGACGACCCACCACCUGGUUCUGCCCCUGGAGGAGUCCCGGGGUUCCGUGGUGCUGCUGGUCACGCUGACGGCCUCGGCCCCCGUCUCCGUCUCCGACCUCUCCGUCACGCCGCUGGACGACCCGGCGGAGCGCCGCCGGACCCUGGGACGCUACAGCGUCUGGAGGUCGUUCUCCGGCCUCAAGGACGUGGGCGUCGUGCAGGUGAAGGUCCUGAGGGCCGAGGGCCUCAUGGCGGCCGACGUCAUGGGGAGGAGCGACCCGUUCUGUGUGCUGGAGCUGAACAACGACCGUCUGCAGACUCACACGGUCUACAAGAACCUGAACCCGGAGUGGAACAAGGUCUUCACCUUCAACGUGACGGACGUGCACUCCGUGUUGGAGGUCUCCGUGUUCGACGAGGACCGAGACCGCAGCGCCGACUUCCUGGGGAAAGUGGCCAUCCCCUUAUUAUCUAUCCGAAACGGAGAAAAAAAAAGUUACACAUUGAAGAACAAAGAGCUAACGGCCCGAAGCAAAGGGAGCAUCCUGCUGGAGGCCGACGUGGUGUACUGCCCCGUAAAAGCUGCUCUGAGGUCAGUUGUUCCUGCAGAGCAGAAAUACAUCGAGGAAGAACCCAAAGUCUCCAAGCAGUUGCUGCAGCAGAACUUUAACCGCGUGAAGAGGUGCAUCAUGGUCCUGAUCGGCUACGGGGCGUUUAUCAACAGCUGCUUCCAGUGGGAGUCAACCCAGAGGAGCCUCACCUCCUUUGUGCUGUUCGUCGUGGUCGUGUGGAACCUGGAGCUCUACAUGCUGCCGAUGGCUCUGCUGCUACUGCUGGUCUGGAACUACUUCUUCUCCUCCGGAGAGGGGGCGUCCGGCACGUCCAUGGAGGCCGUGUUCGAGUGGGAGGUCGAGGACGAGGACAAGCAGGACAAGGAGGCGGAGCCUAAGGGCUUCCUGGACAAGCUGCACGCCGUCCAGGAAGUGUUGGUGAGCGUGCAGAGCGCCCUGGACCACGUGGCGUCGCACGCAGAGCGCAUCAAGAACACCGUUAACUGGACCGUGCCUUUCCUGAGCUGGUUGGCGAUGGCCGCCUUGUGCUCCGCCUCAGUCCUCCUCUACCUGGUUCCUCUUCGGUACCUGGUGCUGGCCUGGGGUGUGAACAAGUUCACCAAGAAGCUUCGGGACCCGUUCCUCAUCGACAACAACGAGCUGCUGGACUUCCUGUCCAGGGUCCCGUCUGACGUUCAAGUGAUGCAGUACCGCCAGCUGGAGGUAGGUGGCGCUCAAAGCCACAUCAAGCGCAGGAAGACGGUCUCGAGUUCUCUGUAAAGACGUUAUUUAUAUAUUUAUUGUCUAUUCUGAUUAUUAUAUAAGUUGUUUUUAUGGUGGUUUUAUUUGUUUUUCAUUUUCUAAAUAUUGUAAAGUAAUGCUGUUAAUGUUUAUUUUAUUCAUUGUAAAAACAAACAUGACUAAUAAUAAUAAUAUUAAUAAUGUUAUAUGAGCGUGAUGCAUGGAGCUUCUUCAUGUCCUCCUGUGUGUCUCUGGAGAUGCAUGUUGUUGUUGUUGUUAUUGUCCUCCAUAUGUGAUGUUAUGAUGGAUGUUGUCUCGCCGCAUGUUGAAUAAACAAAAUGUUAUUUUGUUUGCAUUAAACAAAUAAAGUGGAUGAUAAAUAAAUAAACAAACACCGGAGUCGAGGGAUGAUAUUCAGAUUUAUUUAAAGUACUAAAUGUUUAAUUCAACAUUUUUAUAAGUUUAUUUUUUCUAAUUUUUGUUUUUUUCUUUUCUUGUAAAAGUAUAUAUUAAUUUUUUUAUGACAAUUUUUUCAGAAUUUUCAAGGUAAAAUUUACGAGAAAUAAAUUUUUAUUCUAUAUUAAAUUUAAUAUUUAGUUUUUUCUCUGAAUAUUUCCCUCCUGACCAAACUGUGUUUUAUGUAUUUUGAUCUUUUAAUAAACGUUAAGUAAAACUUAAAGUAACACGAGUGCAUGAAGCAAAAAUAAUAAUAUGAAUAAUAUAAUAUAAAAAACGUCUCGGGGGCAUUUUUAUACUUUACAUACCUUUUUUUAUCUUGCAUACCUUUACUCAUAUUUAUACUUUUAAAAUAUAGAAACAAAUAACAAAAGAUGUCUGGAACUGAUGUCUGGAACUGAUGUUCUUCUGUCUUCAGCCUAAUUUAAAUUAAUUCAGUUUAUAAAGUUAUAUAAUUGUGUUUUCUUCCAUUUCUUUGUUUGAUUUGUGAUGUCUUCGAGUUUAAAUGUCACAUUAAAGUGAACAACGUUCAUUUUCUGUUUUUUUCAAGAAAUAUCUCGAAUGGAAAAAACAGAAUUAACUUUUAUGUUUCAUUUCAUUUUUCCGUUAAUCUUCUUUUUGCAUGAAUGUCCAACACAUCUAAAUGUUGUCGUGACGUUGAUGACGUGUAGAGGACUUGUGUGUGCACGAGGAACAUAAACUAUAUGCAAAGUGCAUUCAUGCUCUGACAGGAAGUCGUUAUCGACGGGUCGUGUUUCCUGUUGCUCCUGUUUGUCUCAGAAAAUAUAUUUAUACACAGAUCCACGAGGCUCUUUGUUUCAUUUGAUCAUGUAC